CUUGUACCUCCGCCCUUGGGCCGUGGCGGGAUACUUAAGGUCCGGACGGUUAUGGUCAGGUAUGGGUUAACUACUCAGGAUAAGUUCUCACCGUCAAAAAGCUAUAGUCGAGUUUCAUGUAUGAAAAAGUCACCCAUGAAAGGAAGGUGUCGAAGUUUGUCUGCUCUUGCCCCCACAAAAUUUACUGACGCUGGUCAUUUUAUCCCUCUAACAGCAUGCUGUGUACAAGUAGAACCUUUGAGUUCACUUCCAGUUGAGUACGCUUCAGUAGUGACUAAGCCAUGCUCAAUAGUCUGCGAGGUAGCGUCCAUUCUGAAUGAAGAAGAGGACUUUCAAAUACAAAUAAACAGAGACGACUCCGUAAACAUAGAAUGUCACAUAUCUCUCCCUGUUCUACCAUUGUCUCUUCAGGACUAUGCAUCUCCUGAACCCAGCCUCGUACCAGACAGUAUUCCUAUGUUCACUAAUAUCACCGGGGGUCGGACUAUUUGGUGAAUUCCAUUCAAGUAUGUUCUCAGGAAUCCCAUUGAUGAAAGUAAAAACCUGAUGAUACCAUGUCAUUAGCAAAUGCACUUGUCGGGUCGUAAAUGGAACAUUAUAAACUAAGCUCUUGUUCGUUUGCUUGGAAUAGACAAAAUGAUCUCUACUGACUAUGUUUUUUCUUUGUGGUUUCACUGAUGAUAUUUCGUGACUUUUCUGGUCGGUAAGAAUUUUGUAAAUAAAUACUUCGUGUUAGUCAUUAAAUUGACGUUAGUUCUUUUAUUUAUUUGUGGUUAGAUGUGCGCUGGAUUCCUCGGUAAAGUUGGGUGAGAUAAACCAUUUAGUAGUUGUGAUAGUACUACUACCAUAUGCUGCAAAUUCGUCGACCUAAUAAUCAGUGUUCAUUGAUCCUUCUAAUGGUUUUACCCAAGAGGGGAUCAACUUUUUCUAGUUGUUCCUGAAAUAUACUCUUAGCUUGACUAUUAUUAAGUAAGACCCUAAGAGGUUUCCUUGCAUCAUCUUUCUUACGUCCAGUAAGAGGCAGAAAAAUACGCGCUCACACUAGAGUAUGAUCUGCGUCUAAGCAUGUGCUCCAGAAUGAGCGACAGUCUUCUAUCGAGCCCCUCCAUCGAUGACUGAUAGCGAUGUGAUCUAUUUGGGUUCAACAUUGGGACGAAUUCGGGGAUGGCCAUGUCAAAACAUGUUUUUCCUUGUGCUUAAAGUUAGUGUUUGCAAGAAACAGGCGGUUAUCUGAGCAUAGCUGCAACAGACGGUCGCCAUUAUCUGUUCUUUAAGCCACAACACCAUAAGAUCCACCCAUAUGUCUUUCCCUUUCGCUUAAUUUACCUACUUGAGCAUUAAAGUCACCAGCCACUAUUACUACAUCAAAGCGCCUAGCUUUUCAGAGAAGGUCAGGAAGCUUUCUGUAAAACUCAUCUUUUACAUCGUCUGAGCUGCAGUCAGUGGGAGAAUAGGCAUAGACGACGAAGAGGCAACGACAAGUGUCCCUAUCUUUCCGGAUUCUUACUGUUCCGUUCAGUCGGACAGCGCACAAACGGCUGUCUACUGGGAUCCACUCUAAGAGAGCUAGUUCUGCUCUAGGACUCAACGCUAUACCUACGCCGGCGAGGCCACAGGAAGCAGAAUCAGGGCUUCCAGAUACACGAAGCGUAAAUCGAGUUGGUUCUUUAUUUUGGCAUGGUGAGGUCAAAUGAUUGACGCUACUCGGAUCCUGUAUGCGCGUUUCGGACAUGCAGCAUAUAUCGAUGGCGCGAGAUUCUGAAGUCCUAGCUAAGGAAGCCUGUUGUCCUAUUUGGCACAGUGUUUGGAUGCUGAAAGCUCCUACGUCCAGUUUAGAGCGUGGUUUCAGGAGACCAGGAAUAACGUUCCGCGUACUCGAAUCGUUUUCCCUAGCGGUGCGAAGUGAUAAAGGGACGUGAGAAGGGCUAGUCGUGGAGAUAAGAGAGUUAUUAGGAGGUGUAGGAAGGAUUUGAAUGUGACCACCUUGGUCUCUUGUGCUGUUACGGGUAUGAGGGUUGAUGUCUUUUCCCGGCUGCCCACACCGUGGAAGGGUACUUCUUGAGGAACCUGAAAAGGGAAUUGGAUUAGUGUUGGUCUUAACGACCUGGGAGCGUGACCGCAGAGCCCGAGGGAAAACUGCUUGGGGCCGGUCGCGCACGGCAUUUUCGUAGCAGGUUUUUAAUGUGUUAGCUCCGUUCUUCAAAGGGCCUUACCGCAGGAGACGGAAAUCCGUGGGGUAAGGUGAGGUGUGACAUUUUUAGGGUCGAACUUUUCUAACCUCAUCCCUCCUUGUGGGAAGGCAGCAUCGCUGCAGAUGCUGGUUGUCUGGGGGAAACGCCUUACUGCUGUCACACGUCUGUACAGUCAGCAGUACGACUUCGCCCUCAGACCUUGAUUUGCUGCUUUUAGUCUUACCGUUCUCCAAUCGACCUGCCUGGCAUGGUAGAACCUACAGGAACAUAUGUUCCAGCCAAUAUAGCUCGGUUGGGUCAUCACGAUAGGCAAGCCCGACCACCGCGUCAAGGUAGCAGCUACGGUCGGGAGGCUUGAGUAACUAAACACUAAUCAAAAAUAUGUGGAAUGAAUACGAAAGUCAAACUGAAAUAAGGGCAUUGUAGGUCAUACAACACUCCGUUUUAUGAACUUAAGAUGAUAAUUUUGGUAAAAAAAGGUACGUUUACGUCGUCCAGCAAAAUCAUAACUACUGCCAUUGUGAUAAAAUGUAGUAAGUAAUGUUGUAAUAUAUGUAUCCUUCAUAAUCAUGGUCAAUUUGAAGUGGGAUAUCCAUACCGUCUCAACGUUUGAGGCGAAGUUAACCGCAGGUAUUCCUUGGUUAAAACAUGACUAGUUGUAUCUCUCUAAUGCGGUUAGAAAUUAUUUAGAAAGUACGUUUGAAUGUCAUUGUUCUAGGAUUAAGCUCAGGUAAUUUGCCCUCAAAAACUUGAACAAAAGACUAAGUACUAAUAGUUUGUAUGGUUUCACAAAUUGAGAAGUAUAUAGGAUUAUUCUAUAAGUAAGAACGAUUAAGGGAUACUCCUUAUACGGAUGGAAUCUGCGCGAACUAGAUAGACCAGAUAAAUAAACCACAGCAAUACAUCAAUGUCGACAACCCAUUGAAGGGAAAACCAGAAAUCAGGUGAGAUUUCAUGACUUGAACAAAGAAUGACUACAUGACUAAGCAUUACCGUAUAUAUAGUACCAAAUAAAAUAGAUUUGGGCUAUGUGGCUAAAAGUCAACAUAUACAUUCUUGAGAAAUUUGAAAUAAUUAGGGGUGUGAAAAACCAGUAACACGAGUUGAGUUACUACAAUAACAAGCGGGCCAAGUGCUGGUUUUUGUCAAUCUUGACAUAGAGGAAGACCUUUAGUUUGACAGACCAGACUUGGGUGUAAUAAGGUAAACAUUCCCCUUCUAGUCUCAGUAGUUAUGCUAACUAACCAUAGUAUACGUAAGCGCUAACCCAGUAAUUCAGAUGGUUUCACCGCUUACUAUUUGUUUAUAAAUCUCCGCUGUGACUACUGUUUUUGUGGCCGUAUAUCUAACUCCAGGUAGGUCGGACGAAUGAUCGUUAUUGAAGUAUACAUGUCAAUUUUCGUAUAUAAUUAUCGACUUAAAUCGCGUUGGUGAAUAAUGGGACUAAAUAAGUCAAAUACGAGAAUGAAUUCUUUGAAUGCAUAUGUUUCGUACAAUCAUUGAUCGGAACAGACAAGGAGAUGGAGCAAAUAGGAGAGAGAGAAGUGAAACUAAAUGGCACUUACUGAAGGAGGCGAGUGAGCCAGCUCCAUUGAAUUAAGCAUGAAUCGAUAUUUAUGGUCAGACAAAAAUAGGCUAUAGACAUGUGAUGAGUAAGAUAAGAAAUGCACACACACGCUCACAUAAAAACAACCAAGAUUGAUUAGCGAAUAAUCAGCAAGAUCAAAAUGUGACUCGAGAAAAUGAAUAAACUGGUCUGUCCGAAAGCUAGGAUAAACUGUAUGUGCUUGACAUAGCAACCAACACUACACUCUUUAAGCUCCUUACGUGCUUACCUAAUAUCAGAAUUUCAGCAUUGUGGAUUAGUAGUUAGGACUUCACCGGAUCACUCUACACAAAACCAAAUCGACCAUAUUUGCAUCAACAAAGCGUUCAGGAGGACUAUAGAGGACGUGAGAACCAAGAAAGGAGCUGAUAUAGCAUCAGAUCAUCACUUGCUGGUCGCCAAGAUGAAAUUGAAACUCAAGAAGCACUGGACAAUGGGGCGGACAAUAUCACAAAAGUUCAAUACGGCCUUUCUUCAGGAUACUAACUCAACAAAUUCAAAAUAGUCCUCAGCAACAAGUUCCAGGCCUUUCAUGAUCUACUCAAUGGAGAAGGAACUACUAUGGAGAGAAACUGAAAGGGGAUCAAAGAAGCAAUCACUUCAACAUGCCAUGAGGUUCUAAACCACAAGAAACACUAUCACAAGGAAUGGAUCACUGUUGAUACACUGCAUAAGAUUCAAGAAAGGAGGAACAAGAAGGCAGCAAUCAAUACCAGCCGAACAAGAGCAGAAAAAGCCAAGGCACAAGCUGAAUACACAGAAGUAAACAAACAAGUGAAGAGGAGCAUCAGAACCGACAAACGUAAAUAUGUGGAAGAUUUAGCAACGGCGGCGGAAAAGGCUGCAAGAGAAGAAAACAUGAGACAAUUGUAUGAUUGAGAUCUUGAACCAAUUGAUGUUAGACCAUCACAAUUGAAAACCUGGAAGCACUGGACGGCCGUUUCGUCCUAUUGUGGGACCUACGGCCUAUGCUCCAUUGGGAGUAACAGGCAUAAGUAAGGAUUAGUAGUUACCACGGCGUUGUCUCAGGAAGUACAUUCUCUUCAGGUGAUGAAUAUUUACUUUUUUUGUCAUAUCUAUUUGAAGAAAAGGAAAUCAAUGGUUAGUUUCAUAUAUAAGGUAUUACAACUGAACGGUGUGUUGAUUUGCUCGAAGUUAAAGUACAUUUGCUUAUCAUUGUUGUCAAAUGAACUAAAAAGCAUAUGCUAAUUUACUUCGCCUCUGAUACUCGGGGAUUAUCAUAUCCUAAGAGUGUACUGUUAUCGGGGUCGGCAUUCUCGGUUGUGUAAUCAGACAAUAUAAAGACUCGAGAAAUCAAGAGAACAAGAGGAGAUAUAAGUCUGUCAGCGUAAACAGUUGGUCUCUAUAAAAUGAAAAAAAGCCAUCGAAAUAAUUAACUAAAUAGAAACCUAAAUGUCAUAUAAUCUAGAAAUAAGGAUAUAUAAUGAGGAAUUCCAACUGUGUUUGCUACAUCCGAACGAAGAAUAGAUGGAUGGUAGAUGCUAGGAAUUACUUAUGGACUAUUAUUACAUAUAUUCUCAUUGGAUAAUUGUUAAGUAAUUAGGUUAUACAUAUUCGUAUUCCUUCUAUCAUAAGCUUUCAUGUGAUCUAUUGACUACUGUUCUAUGAUUUACCAUUCCUAAUCUAUUACACUCUCCUGUACUCAUAGCUACCUUUGGUUUGGUCUUGUACGAUUAUUGUUUUCCAUUUUAUGAUGUGACUCUGCUUGAUCUGGUUGUGUAUAAACCACGUAUAUCUAAAAUAUACGAUUCAUAUAGCGGAGGCUGAUAUUUAUGUUUGGAUUGGAUGGGCUAGUUGAGAAGUUACUAUACAGAGGACUAGUAAGGACUCAGAGUUAACUCAAGACUGCUAAUGCUGGUUGAUGUUUUAUUAGUUAAGCACAGGGACGAGGUCACAGGAGUCUAUAAACUGAUUGGCGACUUUUUCACGUGAUAAGUGACAGGGUGUAAGUCAUAACAGCGUUAUGCUCUCAUCUUUUGUUUUCCGAAGCUCAAUAUCACUGUCAUUUUAGAAUUUCGCAAGUAUUUAAAGUAAUUAAAGUUACGGGAAGAAAACCUCAUUACAUUGCAAUGUGCACUGGGACUUUGUUAUAACUGACCAAAGAAAGUGUUUAUAACACUUGCGGUUAUGAGAGAGCUAGAGAGAAAUUAACUACUCAAAUAAAAAUACAAAUCAGAAUAUUAGACAAAUGUGAAUAUAAUCAGACCACUUCAAGGUUCCAAUUGUUAAUCUAUGUUUUACAAAAACCAGUGUGACUAAGUUUGAAAUGUUACCAUGUUUCGAUAAUGUAAUAAGAAGACGAAGAUUAUC